AUGCCCCCCACCCUGCGCCCCCCACUCCGGGCUGUCCUGUCCCACUCCCUGCCCGAGCCGGGGGUCCCGCGGCGUCCCCCGGCCCCCCCACGCCCCCGAGGCCUGGCAGAGAUGCCGGGGCCGAGCUCCUCCUCCUUCAUCUUCGAGCUGCUGUGCCGGGGGGGGGUGCGGAGGCUGCACGAGAUGCAGGUCCACGGCCGGGCGCGGUUCGGGCCGCUCUGGAAGGCCCGGUUCGGGCCGGUGCUCACGGUUCACGUGGCCGAGCCCGCGCUCGUGGCUCAGGUGCUGCGCCAGGAGGGGCCCGACCCCUCCCGCGCCCUCCGCUGCCCCUGGAAGGACCACCGGGCCCUCCGGGGGGUCCCGGGGGGGCUCCUCACACUGGAGGGGGAGGCCUGGUGGGGGUCGCGGCGGGUCCUGGCCCGGGGGCUGCUGCAGCCGGGGGCGGCCGAGGCCUUCGCUGGCCCGGUGGCAGCGGCGGUGGCCGAGCUGGUGACGCGGCUGCGGCGGCUGCGGCGAUGCCACCCUGGGGGGGUCGUGUCCGACAUCGGCACCGAGUUCAACCGCUUCGGCCUCGAGGCCAUCUCCUGGGUGCUGUUCUCCUCCCGUCUGGGCUGCCUGGAGGACAACGGGGACCCCGAGGCCACUGAGGGUGUGAUCCGGUGUGUGGGGGCGGUGCUGGCACUGACCCUGGUGACGAUGGCACUGCCCAGGCCCCUCCUGCGCCUCGUCCCCGCGCCCUGGGACGCCUUCUGCCGAGCAUGGGACCAGCUCUUCGCCUUCACCAAGGCACACGUGGACCGUCGCGUGGCCGCGGUGGCAGCGCGGGGGCCGCUGGCCCAGGGGGACACCUGUGUCACCGACCUGCUGGCCCGGGAGCGGCUCCCCAUGAGCAGCAUCUACGGGAACGUCACCGAGCUGCUGCUGGCGGGGGUGGACACGGUGGCCAGCACGCUGGCCUGGAGCCUGUACGAGCUGGCCCGGCACCCGGGGGCACAGGCGGCCCUGCACCGAGAGCUGGUGGCCGCCACUGCCACCAACGGUGUCACCAACGGUGUCACCGGCAGUGACGGGGCCGGCGCCGGUGCCACCGCGGCCGCGCUGCGACGGCUGCCACUGCUGAGGGCGGUGGUGAAGGAGACACUGAGGCUGUACCCCGUCAUCCCGGCCAACGCCCGCGUGGUCCCCGACCGCGACAUCCGCGUGGGCGAGUACCUGGUGCCGCGCCAGACCCUCAUCACCCUCUGCCACUACGCCACGUCCCGCGACAGCCGCUUCUUCCCGGCGCCCGACACCUUCCGCCCGGAGCGCUGGCUGCGCCACCGGGACCCCGGGGACGGCUUUGGGGACACCCCGGGGGACCCCAGUGACACCCCCGGUGCCGCCCCCGGCCCCGGGCACCCCUUUGCCUCGCUGCCCUUUGGCCUCGGCCCCCGGAGCUGCGUCGGGCGCCGCUUGGCCGAGCUGCAGCUGCACAUGGCGCUGGCACAGAUCCUGCUGCAGUUUGAGGUGCGUCCAGAGCCCGGGGGGGGCCGUGUGACCCCCAUGACCAGAACCCUGCUGGCCCCCGGCACCCCCAUCGGGCUGCGCUUCCUCGAGCGGUGACACGGGGACACCGAGGACACUGGGAACAGCAGGGACACCAGGGACACCGGGAUGUUGUGGACACCGAGGACCCCAGGGCCAUCAGGGACUCUGUGACAUUGAGAACACCGGGGACACUGAGGAUGUUGGGGACAGUGGGGAGGCCUCGACCCCGGUGGUGACCUCACCAGCCCCCAGUGGUG